AUGAAGGCUUCCAACGGCUACGCCAAGCUGCCGGGCGCGACGGCGCCGGGAUCGCCGUCGCACAUCGGCUGCAAGGAGUACCUCAUGACGGUGUCUAGUCGGCUCUACUUCUCGAGCUUCUACCGCCUCGUGUACUUCUUCAUGAUCGCCUCGAGCCUCGUCUGCGUCGUGUGGACCGGCAUGAACAACUGGAAAAUCCCGUCAUCGGUGGUGUUCAUCUCGCUGGAGAUCAUCGUCAGCGCGCUGCUGGUGUUCGAGGUGCUGCUGCGGAUGAUGGCGUUCAAGAGGAGGUUUUGGCACAAGUGGUGUAACAUCUUCGAUCUUGUCGCGUUGGUCAUGAGCUUGGUGUCCGUCGCCAUGUACUUUAACGAGGAAGGCGUGCUUGGUGAGCUGGAGGAAGUCGCGGCAGACUCAGUGCUGGCGCUGCGCAAUGCUGUGCAAUACGUCCGACUAGCCAUUUUCCUCAAGAAUCGCUCGGACAGACCGGCAACCAUCGGCAAGGAUAUCGAUUUCGAGGAGCUUGCCGCACAUCCUGAUGACGAGCGGGAACUGAUGCUGGAUGCAGAGGGCGGAAUGGGCUUAGACAGCGACGAGGAAGAGGAGGUCCGGAUCGUGUAG